AGGCACUUCGGGAGAGUUUCUUCGCUAUCGUGGACGAAAGCGCAAAGCGAACUUCUCACGCGAAGACGCAUUUAACUCCUGCAUUUUUCUGCUGUUGAUGUUCUGAUAGGGCGAUUACGCAGUGGAGGAUCAGCACGCUUGUAGACAAGGAGGGCGAAGUCUCGGCGCCUCAUUGCCUACGCCAGUCGGAUACGGCGUCCGCUAUCCAAGGGAAACCAAGAAGACACAGACGCGCCAGCGAUGCCUUCAGUGACAACCUCUCCUUCUCCGAGACGGCAGCGGCCGCCGACGAACUUGGUAAACUAUCGGUGCAAACAGAAGCAGUACCACAGCGUCCUCUGGUCGCUUCAGUUUCUGCUGUCGCUGCUGCGACACAGACAAAUUACAGACGCAGACGCAGCUUCAUCCCAAUCGCACACGGCGUCUUCCGGGGUCACGUCUAGCUCGCAUUGCGAUGGCGCAUCCUCCGCUGUGGGUGCGCACAGCCUUCGGGCGGCUCUACAACAAUUUCUGGCCACUGCCGAGGGUGUUGAUGCCUCCUUCGACGCGGAAGGGCCGCUCUCUGCGAUGCAGCUUCUCUCCCUCCAACGCAGCUUCACCGACGACCAGGUGCGCGCGCUCUGUGUGGAGUGCCUGAGCGCCUACGUGCUGCCGCAGCGGCAACAGCAGCAGCAACGGGUCUCCCUUGCGAGGCCAGUUACGUACGACUCGGUGUUCGCUGCGCCAACAGAGCUGAUGCAAACCUUGUGGCCCACUCCAGCGUUCCGCCUUCACUACACAACUGCGCUGGCAGAGGCGCACCGCCACCGCAUAAACCACAGCGACCUUCUCGCGCUUCCGGGAUACCUGCAAGAGGCCGGGCUGCACGCCGAGCGUGUCUUCACCGGCCAGACGGCCAUGGACGAGCCUUCCUGCUUUACUGAUCCCUCCGAGUUUCGCGCUGCCGAGGAGUGGCGCCGCCUCAUUCACCUCUACACCGCCUUCCUGCCCGACCGCUCCCACAUCCACGAGUUGGAGAACCUGCCGCAGGAGGUGGCCAUCGGCGAGCUGCUCCGCGACGCCGUUGCAGCCGUGCGGCGCGGCACAACAGCCGCCAACAGAGAGGACAGCGAAGAAGGCAGGGAGGACGCGGCCGGUGCGGAGGCGUUUGCGCUGGACUGCGUCGUGGACGUGGGCGGCGGCAACGGCUUCCUGGCGGCGCAGGUGGCGGAGCGGCUGCACUGCGACGCCGUCGUGGUGGACCCGUUCUUCCCCGCCCACGCCAUCGACUGCUGCCCGCGCGUGUGGCCCGACACGCCGCACCGCACCCACGCCGCAACGCGACGGCGGCACGUGCUGCACCGCACCACGGCGCUCUUCCGCGACGUGCGGUGGGCCGACGUGGUGCCGGCAGCACCAGCUCGCACGGCGCUCAUCGCGAAGCACCUGUGCGGGAGCGGCGUGGACGAGGUGCUGCAGCAGCUGGAGGCGCAGGGCUGCCUGCCGCGCAUCCUCGUGCUCGCGCCGUGCUGCUUCCACCGCUGCUCGCUGGACACAUACGUUGAUCCUCCGUUUGUGUCGGAUCUCCUGCGUCUCCACACCGCCAACGCCUUCCAGCACCUUACGCGGCUGACAGAUUGGAACGCCUCGGUGUAUCAGAAAAUGCAGGACGGCGGCGCGACGUCCGCGGCGCAAGGGGCGGCGGCGUUUACAUCGAAGAAAUCGAUUCGCCACCUUGUUUCCUGCCCGGAGGGCAUUGCAGCUGCCGUGGAAGCCGUCGUGAAUCAGGGGCGUGUGCAGUGGCUGCAGCAGCGCGGCUACGUGGUGCGGCUGGCAGAAUACGUGCCGGACUGCGUGACGCCCAAGAACCGCUGCCUGGUGGCGUACAGGCCCAAUGUUGGCGGCGAAACGCAUAAACAUGUGUCGUGA